UCUUUUUGUUCCAAUGUCAAAAAUCCUGGUUUUACUUAGCAAUUGAAAAAGACCUGUCUACAUCCUUACUCCCAGAUAGACAGGUGAUACUCAUGUGUAUGAAACUAGCCGCCUGCUGCCUCUUUGUAUGUCAUCAUAGUAAGAACUGCCUCCUUCCUCCUCACACACUGCUUUGAGAAUAUAAAAGGAGCUUGUUUUCCCUUCAGUAUCACCAUUUUGUAUAGCCACACAAAGAGAUUGGUUUGGUUUUUGUCUUUUUUGCCUUGUUUUUGUAUCAUCACAGCCAGAGCACCUGCAACUCACCAUGUCAGUGGGAAUGGAAAUUGGGGGCAUUGCCCUCAGUUUACUGGGCUGGAACAUGUCUAUUAUAAGCUGCGCUCUGCCAGUGUGGAAGGUCACAGCUUUUAUUGGAGCUAACAUUGUCACAACACAAAUCAUCUGGGAAGGCAUCUGGAUGACCUGUGUGGUUCAGCGCACUGGACAGAUGCAGUGUAAAAUGUAUGACUCUAUGCUGGUCCCUUCUCAAGACCUUCAGGUGGCCCGAGCUAUGUGCAUAAUCUCCAUCAUUCUGGGUGUUCUGGCUUUAAUGAUCUCUAUCAUGGGUGCAAAGUGUACCAACUGCAUUGAGGAUGAAGCAUCCAAGGCAAAGGUUAUGAUUGUCUCUGGCAUCUGUUUCAUCAUCUCUGGCUUCCUGACACUUAUCCCGGUGUCCUGGACCUUCAGCACCAUUGUUCAGGAUUUCAACAACCCGUUAGUGGCAUCCAGUCACCGCAUGGAGUUGGGAGCAUCGCUGUACAUAGGCUUUGGAGCUGCUACCCUUAUGAUCUUCGGAGGAGAGUUGCUAUGCUGCACCACUCCACCACAUGAGGCCAGGUACAAGCCAGCCAAAAAAGCCUAUACUGCUCCUCACUCCACUAGUGCCUAUGGGAAGGACUAUGUGUGAAAUUCUUUAAAAGACAGGUACAGAUUUAAUGAAGGAAGACAAAGAAUUUUCUAAGUAGACUCCAAGAUGAAGGGCUCUGUUAUGCUGUUCAUAUUUGCUUUGUGUUCUGUUUGCUCUGUGUGUUUGGAGUUGCUUUUAAGACUUUACCUGCUGAAUGAGACUUUGCAACAUGAAUUGGUGGUUUGAAUGGCUAUAGUUACAUUUUUAUACAUGUUUUGGUCUUUUGCUUGUUAGUAUAUGUUAUUAUAUGCUUCACUAGGAAUGACGCAUCAUAUAUUUUAUCCAUUUAUUUUUAAAUUUAAGGUUAAUGAAC